GGCACAGGCAGCCGGUUUUCCACUUGAGAAGGCCAUGGAUCACCAGGAGCAGCUGAUCCUUCAACUGACCAGGUGUCUGCAAAGCAAGGAGGAAGUGCUACAGGACUGCCUGGUCAUCCUGUCAUCACUCAGAUCGCCUGGAGUGAAUGCCCCCAAGGUGGAAACCCUGAUCAAGCAGAUGGCCCAGCGUCUGAAAGAUAGAGACCAAGCAUUAGAGAAGACUCUAUCCAGCCAUUUCUUGGCCCUGGAGUUCGUGCACCGUCAGUUGAGGCACCUUCAAGAAGCACUGAAAGAUAAAGAUGCUGAUCUGGCACGACUCAACACCAGCCUCCGCACUGAAGAGGAGACCAUGCAU